AGUCGCUAGCCAGAACGUUAGCUCUGUUGGUUUAUUGUACCAACCUGUCCAACCAUCGUUUGCUGCAAAGACUGAACAGAUUUGAAUUUAAUACGCACCUUUAAAGACGAUAGAAGACACAACGAUGUAGUCGUCUGUAGGUCGUUUUAAUUUCUCCCUCCGUGUUUAUUUAGUGCGUGUGGUUUCUGUUAUGUUUAAGGUUAAUUUCUUUAUUCAUCGCCGCGCCCAUCGUACUCAUUUUUUAUUUAGGGCUAGCAAGCUAACGUCUAAUAGAAGCUAAUGUUGGGUGUCAGUUUUUCAGCAGGUGUAGCGAUAUUAGAAUUGUAAACAAAAAUAUAAAGACAAGAAUAAGCCUUCGCAAGUGCUUUAUUUUAUUAUAUGGUUUGCUGACUUUUAUCUUUACCUUUCUGUAGUAGUUACAGUUAUCCAAUUGGCGUACGGUAGUCAUAAUGACAGGUGAAAAGAUACGCACCAUGCGGAAGGAUCAUAAUAAGGCGAAUAAAAACGAAGCGAUAUUGGACGCCUAUAAUGAGACAUCCGACGGGACGGUCCCCAAUGCUAAUAGUAACCGCUUCAAGUCGAACAAGGCUUUUCAGAAAUCUGUCAAAUCCUCGACACUGCAACAGCAGCUCAAUGAGAACAACAUAAACGGCAAUGCAUCGGUUGUGAAUGAUGACAACAAAAACCCGAUAAUCCUGACAAACGAGGAGCUGGAGUUUCCUGUUCAUGAGUGUGUGUUUAAAGGGGAUGUCCGUCGACUCUCAUCUCUCAUCAGGACCAAGAGCAUCUCUCAAAAAGACGUGCAUGGAAACACACCUCUACACCUUGCUGUAAUGUUGGGCCAAAAAGAGUGUGCCCUUCUCCUCCUGGCUCACAAUGCCCCUGUUAAGAUAAAAAAUGCGCAGGGAUGGAGCCCCCUUGCUGAAGCAAUCAGCUAUGGUGAUAGACAGAUGAUUACGGCAAUAUUAAGAAAGUUGAAGCAGCAGUCAAGAGAGAAUGUGGAGGAGAAAAGGCCAAAAUUAAUGAAAGCUCUCAGGGAGCUUGGUGACUUUUAUCUCGAAGUUCAUUGGGACUUCCAGAGCUGGGUGCCUUUGCUUUCCAGGAUGCUGCCAUCUGAUGCUUGUAAAAUCUACAAGCAGGGCAAUAAUAUCAGACUUGACACUACACUCAUCGACUUCAACGAUAUGAAGUGUCAGCGCGGAGAUCUGAGCUUCAUUUUUAAUGGUGAAGCCCCACCCUCCCAGUCCUUUGUGGUUCUGGACAAUGAAGCUAAAGUGUACCAAAGAAUACACCAUGAGGAAUCUGAGAUGGAGACUGAAGAGGAAGUAGACAUUCUGAUGAGCAGCGACGUCUACUCUGCAACUCUGUCAACAAAGUCGAUAACUUUCUCUCGGAGUCAGAUUGGCUGGCUCUUCAGAGAGGAUAAAACGGAGAGGGUUGGAAAUUUCAUGGCUGACUUCUAUGCUGUCAACGGUCUGGUGCUGGAGUCCAGGAAACGGCGGGAACAUUUAAGCGAAGAAGACAUCAUGAGGAAUAAAGCCAUCAUGGAGAGCCUGAGUAAAGGAGGAAGCAUUAGCGAGCAGAAUUUUGAGCCUGCGAGGAGGCAGUCCCUUACAGCUCCAGCCCCCAACACUAUUUCUUGGGAAGAGUACAUUACAGCGGAGCAUGGAAAGCCGCCUCACCUCGGCCGGGAGCUCAUGUGCAAGGAAAGCAAGAAGAACUUCAAAGCUACCGUAGCCAUGAGCCAGGAUUUUCCUCUAGGCAUUGAGUCGUUACUAAACGUGUUGGAAGUGAUAGCCCCUUUCAAGCACUUCAACAAACUCCGGGAGUUUGUUCAGAUGAAACUUCCACCGGGAUUCCCAGUCAAACUCGACAUCCCCGUCUUCCCAACCAUCACAGCGACGGUCACCUUUCAGGAGUUCCGUUACGACGACUUUGACGAGUCUAUUUUCUUCAUCCCUGCUGAAUACAAGGAAGACCCAAGCCGCUUUCCUGACCUCUGACCUGCCAAAGGGUUCAGUUUGAGUUAAGGGAGAACUGAGGACUGGUCUGAUUCUUAAUACAUAUUACCUAUUUAAAGUAAAAAAAAAAAAAAGGGAAGAAAAUGGGCAGGGUGCUCUUAUUGAUUAGUUUUCUGUUCAUUUUGCUGAUGCAUCCAAUGAAAAUGAACCCAAGAGGAUUUGUCAGAGUGCCAUGUAACCCAAAAGAUGAAUAUCUGCAGAUGUUUUUUGUCAAAUGAUUAAUGGCUUUCAUUGUACUUGCUGUUUAUACAUGAAGCAGGUAAAGCUGCUGCUGUGUGCUGCUGUGCACCAUUUUUAAAGCUGUCAGAUCGAUAUUUCAGUAUACUCCACUGAUAUAUGAAUUCCUGAAGCUGCGCUCACUUCUUCAGAAAUGUAAAUAAUUCUUUCAUUUUUGGUUCACAACAUAAAAACCCACAAAUAUAGAUAUAUCCUUAAACUGAGCUUACUGGUCAUUUAUAUAUUGCAUAUUAUAUAUAUAAACUCAAAGGAGUGACACUGUGUAGCAAUACAUUUCCAGUACUUAAGAAUGUUUUUUACCCAAAUGGGACACGGUUUGGUAUAAACAACCUCAAACAGUUUGAUAUCAAAGCCUUUUUCCCUGUGCAGGACACGGCCUCCUGUGCUUUCAGGUCUGCUCAUGUUACCUCUCAGCUGUCUGUGUUUUUCGUAAAGUACGAACCCCUGUGCUCGGUACGAGUGAGUAUGUCUACUGUGUCCUGAAACGUUCUGUGUGUGUGUGUGUGGGGGAGAACUCGGAUUGGGGUAUCAGGUAAACAGUUUGUAGUCUUAAUAUUGCACUGAUAUUUAAAGGCAUGCUACAGCUCUGUUAGCCUCCUGGAUCAAAUGUAUCCUGAUGCUACAUUAGCCAAGAGUUUGUUGAUGUAUAGUACACGCAGACACGUGAUUCUUUAGAUUAACGGGUGUGUGACAAAUAACACUAACACUUUGAAACGAUGUCUUGCGAUACACUUUUUUUUUUUUUGUUUCAAAUGUAUAUGAAUCCGAGGAGUGGAAAUGCAGCUGUGAAGUUCAUUAAGCUGGAUAUCAGUAUUGAGACAGGAAAUGAUGUGAUCCAUCAAAUUGUUGCUGGCUUCAGCUGUUCUGUACUGCAACCAUAUCUACUUCACAUCCCUUUAAAUAAAGCACCAGCAUCAUGUUU